AUGGCUAAAUCAAGAUUUACCUCAACUUUGGAGCUGCUAUCAGGCAUUGCAAUUUGGUACCACUUCCCUUCCUUCCUCCUUGUAAUUUGUGUUGCUGUCACUAAUAGUAAACUUUUCUGCAAGAAGAUUGAGAAAUUGUUUGAUCCAGAGAACAUAAAUCCAGAUUCUCGAGGAAAUGCAGCUACCUUAUACAGAUGUUGUUUAUGUAAGAAGCUGUUAACUAAAGAAACUGAAAGAAGAAUUCCAUGUGUACCAGGAAAAAUCAACAUAGAUCAACAUGGGAAUAUUGUCUAUGUUCAUAUAAGAGAUAAAACCUGGGAAGUCCAUGAAUACUUAAUUGGCCUUCAUGAAGAACUAAAAUCUUGGCAGGAUGUUUAUUGGCGUCUCUGGGGGACUGUCAAUUGGUUGACCUGCUCAAGAUGUAACCAAUCUUUCCUGUGUACUGAAUUCUCCCAUUGCCAGUACCACCCGCAGUCAGUUCUUUAUCCAGGUGUAGCAAGUGCUCUGGGGUCAACUGGGACAGGAGUAUAUCCAUGUUGCAACCAAAAAGUACUUCGAUUUGAUCCUACUACCCUCCCAAAGGGCUGUAAGGUGAGAGAUCACAUGACUAGUUUACCUUCCAGAAAUGAAGAUGGGGAUUCUUUGCCAUCUCAGACCGCUAAAAUACUGAAUGAUCUGCUCCAUCACAGGGAUGUUAUUGUUGUUCCUUUUACUAAGGAUGAGAAUAGUGACUCUGGUAUUGGGCUCUGUGAUGAAAAAGGCAUUGAAUGUGAUGUGCUCGUAGAACCAAAUACACCGUGGGGCCCCAAAAGUGGAGAAAUCAAUGCUUUUCUUUCUCUGAAGAACUGGACUUUACAACUGAAACAGCAGUCAUUGUUAUCUGAAGAAGAGGAGUAUACCACUGGUUCUGAAGUCACUGAGGAUGAAGUGGGGGAUGAAGAAGAAGUAUGCAGGAAACCAGGGAGAAAGGAGAAACUAAAGAAGUUCUAUAAACACCCAAAGAAAGGGGCUUCUUCACCUAGUAUUCAGAAAAAGGAGAAGCCUUCUGACAAGCCAGGUUCCCGAGAUGCAUCUCCAUUCACUGUAAGUGUGCAGCAGAACAAAUGGGAUGCCUCCAGGUCACUAAGAUUCAACCAAGAUGCUCAAAGAGAAGAUGACCAGAGGAGAAUGUCUGAGAUUACAGGACACUUGAUAAAAAUCAGACUGGGAGACUUUGGUCGAAUCAAGUCAAGAGACAGCAAAGAAUAUGCAGGAGGUAUUUAUUCAAGACUUGAAGCUCAGAUAAAGGCCUUAGCACAGGUCAAUGCACGACAAAUGAACACUGAGAAGAACGCCAGGUCAAAAUCCCGUUUUGGUCAAGGUCGUCCAACAUAAAGACUCAUGAAAAAAUUGUAGCCAGAACAUAUUACUACUUCCUGAAAUUGUAUGGCACUCUUGAUAUAUGGAGAAUACGCAUCUCCAGAAGCCUUGACUUGAUAAGCAGUCACUUAUUUCUUUAAGCCUUGUACGUUAUUGUGUAUGAUAAAUGAACGUAAAUCCAAUAAGGUCUGUACUUAUUUUAAUUGUAAAUAUACUGUUUCUUAAAUAUAAAUUUAGUUGCUUUUCAGACUGUUGUUUUGAGAGAGAAAAUAUUUUAUAAACCUGCAAAGUUAACUUAUUCAACUAACUUUUUAUGGAGGAAGACAUAAAUAUGCCUUCCAAUAUGAAAGAAAUACUGGAAAUGAAAAAGCAAGACUACUGAAUUCUGAAUACAUUCAGUAAUGUUAACAUAAGUCAGGUGGAAUAUAUGUAUAUGUUAUGUUGUAUUUGAUAGGACAUUUUAGGCCUGUCCUCUAGGGAUUUGCAUUUGAAGUCAGUGACAGUACAAUAGCUGUGAAUUAGACCAGUUAAUGCGGAGUUUUAAUGCAGUUCUGAGGCUUCCUUCCAUACAUCUACACAACUCACAUUCAUGUGAAGGUGGCUAACAGAUGGAAACUAGACCUUCAGAGAUUAUUUAAAUGCCUCAUUGAUUCAGACCUUGCAUGUGAAACACUUUAUUUACUUGUAUGUGAAGUUCACGCUUACUCCAUACCAUAUCUAUUUCCUCUUGCACAAUACCAUGUUUGGUUCCCUUCUAGUGCCCAGACACAGCAGUUCCAUCUUUCAAUGCUGUACCACUAAAUUGCUCGGAGGAUAUGCUAUUAAUUAGGCAUCUUUCAGUUGAAAGGAAUCAUUAUGAAGAGUUGUCCAUAUAGAUGUUUUGGGUCUAAUUUUUUUUUCUGAAACCUGCCUUAAUAGUACUGUUUAGAAGUCACUUUCAAGUUUUGUAAUUGGAACAAUAGAAUACAAGUCUAUGUGUAUGUAAAAUCCAGGGCUACCAAAAUAAACUAAUUUGCCUAGAAAAUAGUUCACAUAUUAGCAAAGGGAAUGGCAAUAACAGUAGCUGAAUUCCAGUAAACCUAUUCUGACCUUUUUGAGACAGGUAGUAAGAGCACUCAGGGACAGUUUGUUCUGGACCACAGCUGCAAAGUAUGAGUUUGGAGGUAAGUCUGCAAGAUAGUGGAGGUGGGGGCACGGAGUUCAGGCUGGGACAAGGAGAGGGAGAACAUGACUGUAAUGCAUUCUUCUCUCCACUCAGGCCUUUUUGUGUGUUUCAUGAGUUUUCAAUGGUCAUUAGACUUUUCAAUGCUUGAAAAUACUGUUUUCAAGGUGGAAGAUUUUUAUUAAAAUUUAAAAUGAAUAAAUGCUGCUUAUUUCUGUAUUUUGUCCAAUGCAAAUUCAGAGCACAAAAAAACUAACAAGCAAAGCUGUGGAUUUCACUGGCUUUGAUUUUUGGGCAGGAACAGUAUCCUUUGCAGGAUUAAAUCUGUAUUAAAUAAAUAAGGCUUUGUUAAUGUGCUGUGUAUGUUUGCAAGUAGUAAAGCAGCUUUAAACACUUACAGUAAACACUGGAAGACUGAAUGUUGUUUUCUUAAGGAGAAAUCUGCAGAGGAAAAAAAAAAAA